AUGUUAGAUUGGAAUUUUGAUAGAAAUGUGUCCACCAUUACCUUAGAUAAUUGCAUCACAAAUGAUGCCAUCAUUGAUUCUAACUUAGACAAGGUUGAUUCAAGUACAUUUUUACUUGAUGGGAAGAUUCUUCACAUGAGAUGUUGUGCACACAUCUUGAACUUGAUUGUGAAAGAUGGGUUAGAAGAAAUGGGGGAUGGAAUUGAAAGGAUACGUGAUAGUGUGUAUUUUUGGACUGCAACACCAAGUAGACAUGAAAAAUUUGAAGAGGCAGCUCGCCAAUUGAAGAUUCCAUAUAAGAAAAAGUUAGCCACGGAUUGUAAAACCCGUUGGAACUCAGCAUAUCUUAUGCUUCAAGUCGCUUUAAUGUAUAAAGAUGUGUUUCCACCGGCAAAGCAACGCGAUAGGCUUUACACUAAUGUUCCAACUAAUAAAGAUUGGGAAAGGGGGAAAGAAAUUUGUGCGAAGUUGAAAUUAUCCCACUCUGCUACAGAGUUGUUUUCAAGGUCUUCUUAUCCUACUUCAAAUUUUUAUUUCCAAAAAGUUUGUGAAAUCAAAAUUGCAUUGUCUACUUGGCUUGAAAGUCCACUUGAGAUCAUUAGAGUGAUGGCAUCAAAAAUGUUAGUUAAAUAUGAGAAAUAUUGGAAUGUUUGUCAUGAGGUGAUGGCGGUGGCGAUGGUUUUAGAUCCACGAUACAAGAUGAAGCUAGUUGAAUAUUAUUUUAAUAAAAUUUAUGGAAAAGAAGCAUUGGUUGAAGUUCAAAGAGUUCAACAAAUUUGUGUUGAUUUACUUUUCGAGUACCAAAACAAGUCAAGCUCAAAUAAAAGUAUGGUAGGUGGUUCAUCUUCCAAUAUUACUUCUCUUGAUGAAGAAAUGGAAGUUGCGGAGGAUGAUGAUAUGAUGACUCGGACGAAUUCACUCAACCCGAACAUCCUCAUUGCAUUAAGAGACCCAGAAUGUGGCGAUGCAUAUGGCUACAACUCGGCAAUUCCAUCUGGUUCUGUCAAUAUUGGUUCAUCUCAUAUCCCAUUUUUAACUGGUGAUAAUUAUUCGGAUUGGAAGGAGAAAAUCCUUCUAACAUUGGGGUGCAUGGACAUUGAUUUGGCACUUCGUGUGGAUGAACCACCCAUCCCCACGGAAUCAAGUAAGCCAAGUGAAAAAGGCUCUUAUGAGAGGUGGGAGUGA